AUGGCGUGGACCGAAGCCUCUAUCCCUGAUCUCACUGGCAAAGUCAUACUAGUCACAGGUGGAAACUCUGGUCUUGGGCUUGAGACAGUCAAACAAUUGGCAUUGCAUGGUGCCAAGGUAUAUGUUGGGGCAAGAUCCGAAUCUCGAGCGAAACAGGCAAUUGAUGAGAUUGUUUCUCAUCAUCAAUCCAUACCCAAAGAGCGGUUGCAAUGGCUUCCACUGGAUCUAGAAAAUCUGCAAAAUGUCAUUGAAGCGGCAAAAUUACUUUCUACCACAGAAAGCAGACUUGAUGUUUUGGUCAAUAAUGCAGGCAUUGGACCGGAAACUUUUAUAACCACAAAAGAAGGAUUGGAACAGACAAUAGCGGUAAAUCAUGUCGGGCAUUUUGUUCUCACAAAAAACCUUCUACCGUUGCUCAAGGCCACAGCGAAAGUGCCAGGCUCUGACGUCCGGAUCGUUACGGUGAGCUCUGUGGCUGAGAAAUUUGCGCCUAAAAGCAAUAACUUUACAGGCAUUAAAGACCUCAAGGAUCCUGGAGCAGCGAACCCGAAUGAUUACGCCUCUCGCAAAGCGACUUUUAAACGCUACGGCGCCAGUAAACUGGCUAAUAUCCUCUUUACAAAGGAACUACAAAACAAGCUCACUCAAGAAGACGCCAACAUCACAGCUAUUACACUUGACCCAGGGCCAGUUUCAACCGAAAGCGGCAUGGGAAUCUUCCCCGGUGUGUUGAAGCCGGUCUUGAAGUUGGUCAUGAAAAGUGUCGCAAAAGGCGCUUUAACGCAACUUUUCUGUGCAACUGCGGUAGAAGUUGCGAAAAACCCUGACCGCUACAAAGGCCAGUUUUUGAAUGGCCCCGACAAGAUUGACCAACCGUCAGAUAAGGCUCGCAACAGAGAGCUGGCUCGAUCGCUUUGGCGAAUUACAGAGGAGGCGUUAGCGGAAGCGGGAAUCUCAACUUUACCCUAA